AUGAUAUGUCGAUCGUGCCUGCGGGCCACCUCGCGUAGCGCCCACCAAAUAGCGCCCGUCUCUCUGCGCCGCCCACGCUUCUUCACUACCGCAUCUACCCUCCACAAUGCCACACCCAUUUCCAGUUCCACAGCCACACAAUCCAAACCCCGUCAAGGCGAAUCUUCAUCUUCUCACGCACCGCCUACGGCCACAUCGACGUCUGCCGCCCAACCUUUUAGCGAGCCAUUGACACCAGCCCCGGGUCCUGAUGUGAAAGCGGCGGCGGCAGAAGCAGCAAAGAAGAAGGUUGCGCCCCUGGUCAAGAGCAGCAUACCGGCGGGACAGCCACUCAAAGGCCUCAAUUUCUUGAAGGACAGACAAGAUCCAAUUGCGGCGCCCGAUGACGAGUACCCCGCUUGGUUAUGGACGUUACUGGAUCGGCAGGAGAAGAAGGCGGAGCAGGGCGCCGGUGAUUUGUUCUCCAAAUCAAAGAAACAGCGUCGUCUGGCUGCGAAGCGUCUCCGAAAGGAACAGGCCGCGAACCCCGAAAUGCUGAUACCAAAGGUGCCGUUGUACGAGCAGACUAUCGAUUUACCAGCCGGUGAUGGUACUCUAUUCGGUGCUGUGCAGGCUGCAGAAGCGCGAGACGAAUUGACAAAAGCCAUGCGGAAUAAGCGGAGAGCGUCCAUCAAGGAAGCUAACUUCCUGAAGGCAAUGGGUUAA